AUGGCGACAGCCUUGUUCUGGCUAUCUGCGCCAUGCCCCUCGCCGCCGAACUUGGUUUGGCUUAGCAAUAGCCGCCACCCUUACAACCCUAUUCCUUCUAAUUUUACUUCUUCACAGGACUAUGGCCGACGCCCCCCAAUACCUGUUACUUCUUUUUCUCCUACAAUUACACACACUUUGAGAUCCUUCCACUGUUUCGCAGGAUAUUGUUGGGUGUCUCUUUCUCCUUUUGGUCAGUCUGUCAACAGCAUACCGCAAUACUCGAGACAACAUGAAGAAACCAUGGGAAAUUUUGCACAAGGGCAUAUUAAGAUUCUAGUAUGCACAAAUAUUGUUGAAAGUGGGCUUGACAUUCAAAACGCAAACACCAUAGUAAUUCAAGAUAUUCAACUAUUUGGUCUUGCACAGUUGUAUCAGUUGCGUGGAAGAGUGGGCCGAGCAGAUAAGGAGGCUCACGAGUACUUAUUUUACCCGGAUAAGUCACUGCUUUCUGAUCUGGCACUUGAGCGGCUUGCUGCUCUAGAAGAAUGUCGAGAUCUUGGACAAGGUUUUCAACUUGCAGAAAGAGACAUGGGCAUUAGAGGCUUUGGGAAUAUCUUCGGAGAGCAGCAAACAGGGGAUGUUGGAAAUGUUGGGAUUGAUCUUUUCUUUGAAAUGCUUUUUGAGAGUCUGUCCAUGGUAGAUGAACACCGUUUAGUCUCCGUCCUUACCAUUCAGUGCAGGCAUAUCAACACAAUUCAUGAUCAUACUAUUCCUAUUCAUGUGCAGUUUGAUCUCGAUUUGAAGCCCCAUCUCCCUUCUCAAUACAUAAAUCAUCUGGAGAAUCCCUUGGAAAUAAUUAAUGAAGCUGAGAAUGCUGCUCAAAGAGACAUCUGGAAUCUAGUUCUCUUUACUGAGGAUCUGCACCGCCAUUAUGGAAAAGAGCCUUACUCCAUGGAAAUUCUGUUGAAGAAGCUAUAUAUAAGAAGAAUGGCGGCAGAUUUAGGAAUUACUGAAAUAUACAUUUCAGGUAAGAUGGUGGGCAUGAAAACAAGCAUGAGUGAAAAGGUUUUCAAGAUGAUGAAGGAUUCAAUGCCAUCUGAAACACACCGAAGCUCCAUUGUAUUCGAGGAUGGUUCAAUCAAGUUUCCCACACCGAAAAACCCUAUUCUGCACCCUGCAAACUUGGGUCUCAGCUCUGAACUUGCAGGCAUCUACGGAUGA